AUGCAUUUAUUUUUGCAGGAAUGUCAUCACAAAAGAAAUCCAGUACGGACGCAGCAAUCAAAUGUGGCACCUGUGGUGCACAAGGUCAUAAUGGUUGGAACAGGAGGCGUUGGAAAAUCUGCUCUAACACUUCAGUUCAUGUAUGAUGAGUUCGUCGAAGAGUAUGAACCAACAAAAGCAGAUUCAUAUCGAAAGAAAGUGGUGUUGGAUGGGGAAGAGUGUUCAAUCGAUAUCCUUGAUACAGCUGGUCAAGAAGACUACUCUGCGAUCAGGUAUUUUUGUUUUUCGCGUAGACAAGUCGAUGCAUUUAUCGCGGCGGUAAGCUGUGUAAAUCAAGCACUCUCAUGUUU